AUGGCGAGGGAGGAGAGCAAGAUCUGUCUCUACGACUUGCUCUACAAUUCGUGUGGGAUCGUAAUCACCAAUCUCCCGUCUAUAAGCCGGCACUCGGACUGCCCUCACGAAAUCAACAAGACGGUCUCCACGCUGGCCUUCGCCACCCUGUGGUGUCCCGAUUUCCCCAAAGUUCUGAUCAUUAGACAACUCUUCUUCAAGCAUUACAACAAGACGGUCUCGAGGAUUUCCGUGGAAGUUGCGUUGACUCGGAAGUGCCGGAAAGGCUGGAGUAUUCGAGGCACACUUUUUUUCCUCAUGAUACCGCGCUUCGCAAGGUUUGUACGGUGA